CUGAUCCUACUUGAGUCCGACUAAUGAAUGUAGAUGAGAAGAAGAACCCUUGGACUAGACUCGUCGAGAGGGAAGCGUUGUUACUAGAUCAAUUCAUAUUAACAGAAGACCUUUUGUCGGUUUUUGCCUCGGAAAAUCUCAUCACAAAAGACGAACUGGAUCAUCUUCGCUCUCUACACGACGAGAAGGAAAAAACCUCGACUCUUCUGAUUGAUAUAUUACAGUAUCAAGACCCCACACUGUUUCCCAUGUUCUGCGAAUUACUUCGAAACGACAACCAGCAAGAACUAGCUGACAGUCUGAGCAGUGAGAGUGUGGAAAGCAAGAAGAAACUCAAACCUGUGCGGUUUGUAAAGAGGAAGCGUUCGCGUUGGGAUGAGAAAUAUAUAAACAGUCUUGCCAGACAGCUGGGAUUUACAUGUGUUCUUAUUUUUGUGCUUCUUGUAAUGCUGGUGAUUUUCGAUGUACAACCCUAGAGACGAUCGAUUGACAAAGAAAUUUGAAAAUUCAUUAAUAGACUUAGAUCUUGUAAUAUACUUACAGCAGUUAUCUUAGGCAUAGUAUACGAUA